AUUCAGGUGUUUUAUUUAUAAUACUUCGUCGUUUGGUUGGGAAGGAACGGUAGUCAGGACCGACAUGAUUCGUCUGUCUCUCUGUAGACUGAAAUGAAUACGUUUCUGGAAAAUGUAUCUAGUUAACUAGAGCCGGGGUACGGGAUGCGGGUUGGAUCAAUCAUCUGAAAUAUAUAUAUGUUCUUUUACUCUUGCCGCAUCUCUAAAGUCAGCAAAACAAUGUCAUUCACACCAUACAUUUUGUUAAAACAGCAUAUUCGGCUAGCAGAGACCAUACCAUUAGCUAACUUUGGCCAACUGUCUGGCAGUGUAACAGUUUAUUCGCAUUUAUUAUGUAGGAAACAAUGUUUGAAAUGUAGCCCAUCACAUGGUGAAUGGUUUCUGACCUCAAACAAAUAUAGCGUGCUACCAUGUUGUAAACGGAGCGAACGGAGGUUGUUUUGCUGCUAGCCAGCUUUCUAGUCAAGCUAUGCACCACAUUAGGUGCCUCGCGCUCUGCAAUGCUGUAGAUCUCUGCGAGUUUUGAAAGUGUUAUGACCGAUAAGGAGUUACCAUUAUCUUUGGUGGGGGAAAUGUUUGGCGUGAUCAAACUUGAAGUGUCUGUGUCGCAGCUCGAUGCGGAGGGUUAGCGAGCGGGGAAUGGCGUCCUAGAUUUAUCAGGAUACAUAUACUUGGAUUACGGAGGACGAAUGGAAGGAAAAAUAGAGGAAGGUGAGCUUGAAUUGGCCAACAGUGGAGGAAAAGGGAUAUGGUUUGUUGAAGAAUGGUAGAAAGUGUGAUCUGUACCCUGGAUCGAAGACCGGAGAAAUGAAAGUGAAUGAGGGCGAAGUAUCGUGGUGAAGUUCUCAAGAGUCCGAGGAUUACACGGAGGGUUAGGAUAAAGAUUAGUCUGUGACCGUAGGAGUGAAAUUACGGAAAAAGCGGACCCUUGCCCUUUGGCUGAUCCAUCUGUGGUUUCAGGGAGGGUGAAAAUGUAGUUAGGUGGUGUGGAAUCGGUGAAGGUAACCCGAAGUGGUCUAGUGAUUGUUUGUGUUUCUGUGUUGGGUCAGAUGAAGCUGGCGCUUCGCGUCAAACGUCUGGGGUCAGGAUAUGUGAAUUGUUUUGCUCUCAAGUAUAGGGCGCCAUUAAAAUGAGUGGGGUAGUUAAUCGGGGUAGGGGUGAAAGUCGAGUUUUUUUAAAUGUUGAGUCUUAGCCGGGCAAAGUGAUGUUAUAUCGUUUAUCCCUCCCUGUACGAGCUUUUGUACCGAAUACAUUACGAUGUUAACGUUACAGGUGUGUCAUGCUAAUGGACAUGUGACAGCAGUAUAGGAGGGAGGUUCCUAGGUGUGCAGAAGGGCAUGAGACAAAGGCUUCCAUGUCUUCUUCCUGGGCCGCCUCAAUGUCCACCUCUUGAUCAUCAGACCUGAGGCCUCAUCUUCGCGGUCACUUUCCCACCUUGUUGAGGUUGGCUCAAAAAGCCUCAAAUUUGCCUGGAUGGCUACCAAUUUGUCAACCCAUGUAUUGGUCAGCCUGUUGCUUGCUUUGGUGUGUGUGUUCACAAACAAGGACCAGUUGCGCUCUGAGGCGGCGGCUGUUGGUGGGAUUUGGAGGAUAAUGGAGGCAACAGGGGAAACAGCCUCAGAUCCACAAAGUCCCUUCCACCAGGUAGCUGAUGAGAUAUGUUGGCACGGUUGCCAUAUGUUGGAACGAUUGCAUCUCCAUCCCAAAGCCCUUGCUUGGAAGUGUACUUCACCAGACUGUUAAUAACAUUGCCCUCAUCCAGGUCAUGGUUGUGAGACACGGUAGUGAUGACACCAUAGGCCUUGUUGAUCUUUGCACCAGACAGAAUGCUCUUGGCAGCAUACUUGGGGUCCAACAUGUACACUGCGGCGUGUAUGGGCUUCAGGUAGAAGUUUUUAUGCUUUUUGAUGUAUUUCAGAACUGCAGUUUCCUCUGCUUGGAGCAACAGUGAAGUUGGCAGGGAGUUUCAGGCUGCUUACCACUCUCCCAAAAUACAUAAUCCAGGAGGAUCCUCUUGAUGGGGCUGUCCAUAUCGGCAGACUGUGAUAUGGCCAUUUCUUGGAGAGACUCCUUCCCCUCCAGGAGACUGUCAAACAUGAUGACAACACCACCCCAACGGGUGUUGCUGGGCAGCUUCAAUGUGGUGCUCAUUUUCUUCUCACUUUGCUUGAGUGGAUCCUGGUGCUGUCACAUUCUCGGACUCACCUGAGAAAUGUCCACCCCGGACCUCCCCAUGGGAGGGACACCUCGGCCGGGCCCCUCUCCUGGACCGGGGCCUUCUCCAGGAGCCAUGAUAGGACCCAGCCCAGGUCCCCCAGCCUCUGGGCACUCCCACCCACAACAGGGGCCCUCAGUAUAUCCUCAGGAGAAUAUGCAUCAGAUGCACAAACCUAUGGAAGGCAUGCAUGAGAAGGGCAUGUCUGAUGACCCUCGCUAUGGACCGAUGAAGAGCAUGGGCAUGAGACCAGGAGGAGGCCACAUUGGAAUGGGACCCCCUCCUAGCCCCAUGGACCAACAUUCCCAAGGCUACCCCUCUCCACUGGGGGGUUCUGAGCACUCUCCCAGCCCCGUGCCAGCCAACGGCCCUCCCCCCGGCCCCAUGAUGCCCUCUGGCCCAGGUGUCCCCAUGGAGGGAGGUGACCCCCAGGCCAUGGGCCAGCAGAACCUCGGUGGUGUCCUGAAUGGUGGUUCUGUGCCAGGUGGGGUUGGGCCAGGUGGACCCACCCCCUUCAACCAAAACCAGCUGCACCAGCUCAGUGCCCAGAUCAUGGCCUACAAGAUGCUGGACUGCAGCCAGCCCCUGCCAGACCACCUGCAGAUGGCCGUGCAGGGCAAGAGGCCCAUGCCAGGGAUGCAGCAGCAGCCAGGGAUGCCCAACAUGCCCCCUUCCUCUGGGCCUGGAGCGGGGCCUGGACAGCCACCAGCAAACUACAACAGACCUCAUGGAAUGGUAGGCCCAAAAAUGCCUCCUUCAGGACCCUCAGGUGUUCCCCCUGGUAUGCAGGGCCAGCCCACCAAUGGACCCCCUAAACAAUGGCCCGAAGGGCCCAUGGUGAAUGCUGCUGCUCCAUCCAGUGCCCCCCAGAAGCUGAUUCCCCCUCAGCCCACUGGGAGACCCUCCCCUGCUCCCUCCUCCGUGCCCCCUGCUGCCUUCCCGGUCAUGCCCCCCCAGACUCAGUCCCCAGGGCAGCCCCCACCCAUGGUGCUACACCAGAAACAGAACCGCAUCACGCCCAUCCAGAAGCCCCGUGGCCUGGACCCAGUGGAGAUCUUCCAGGAAAGAGAGUACAGGCUGCAGGCUCGAGUGCUGAGGAGCGUAGCGAGUAAAAAUCGUCUGUCCUCCGUUGCAACACUCACUACCGAGUUUAAAACUGCCUCUGGAAGCAACGUCAGCACAAGAACUGUUCGUCGGGAGCUUCAUGAAAUGGGUUUCCAUGGCCGAGCAGAUGCACACAAGCCUAAGAUCACCAUGCGCAAUGCCAAGCGUCGACUGGAGUGGUGUAAAGCUCGCCGCCAUUGGACUCUGGAGCAAUGGAAACGCGUUCUCUGGAGUGAUGAAUCACGCUUCACUAUCUGGCAGUCCGAUGGACGAAUCUGGGUUUGGCGGAUGCCAGGGGAAAGCUUCCUGACCGACUGCAUAGUGCCAACUGUAAAGUUUGGUGGAGGAGGAAUAAUGGUCUGGGGAUGUUUUUCAUGGUUCGGGUUAGGCCCCUUAGUUCCAGUGAAGGGAAAUCUUAACGCUACAGCGUACAAUGACAUUCUAGACGAUUCUGUGCUCCCAACUUUGUGGCAACAGUUUGGGGAAGGCCCUUUCCUGUUUCAGCAUGACAAUAGCCCAAUGCACAAAGUGAGGUCCAUACAGAAAUGGUUUACCGAAAUCGGUGUGGAAGAACUUGACUGGCCUGCACAGAGCCCUGACCUCAAUCCCAUCGAACACCUUUGGGAUGAAUUGGAACGCAGACUGCGAGCCAGGCCUAAUCGCCCAACAUCAGUGCCCGAUCUAACUAAUGCUCUUAUGGCUGAAUGGAAGCAAGUCCCCGCAGCAAUGUUCCAACAUCUAGUGGAAAGCCUUCCCAGAAGAGUAGAGGCUGUUAUAGCAGCAAAGGGGGGACCAACUCCACAUUAAUGUCCAUGAAUUUUAGAAUAUUAUGUUCAAAAAGCAGUGUCCCCAUACAUGUCCACAUACUUGUAGUGUACACUAUUUUUAUGUGCAGGGGGUGUUAGAUAAGCUCAAAUGUUGCAAAUUGAUUGUGGCUUCUAUCAGUGUAAAUAUCUGCAUAAUUUCCAAUCCCACAUAUAUUUUUGGGCUGUUUAUUUACAGUACCAGUCAAAGGUUUAGACACACCUACUCAUUCCAGAGUUUCUUUAUUUUUACUAUUUUUUACAUUGUAGAAUAAUAGUAUAGACUUCAAAACUAUGAAAUGACACACAUGGAAUCAUGUCGUAACCAAAAUAGUGUUAAACAAAUCAAAAUAUAUUUUAUAUUUGAGGUUCAUCAAAAGUAGCCACCCGUUGCCUUGAUGACAGCUUUUCACACUCUUGGCAUUCUUUCAACCAGCUUCAUAAGGAAGUCACCUGAAAUGCAUUUCAAUUAACAGGUGUGCAUUGAUAAAGUUAAUUUGUGGAAUUUAUUUCCUUAAUGCGCUUGAGCCAAUCAGUUGUGUUGUGACAAGGUCGGGCUGGUAUACAGAAGAUACCUGAGUAAAAUACCAAGUCCAUAUUAUGGUAAGAACAGCUCAAAUAAGCAAAGAGAAACAAAGAGAAAAAAUAGACCAUAUUAACUUUAAGACACAAAGGUCAGUCAAUCUGGAAAAUGUCAAGAACUUUAAACGUUUCUUUAAGUGCAGUCGCAAAAACCAUCAAGCGCUAUGAUGAAACUGGCUCUCAUGAGGACCCCCACAGGAAUGGAAGACCCAGAGUUACCUCUGCUGCAGAAGAUAAGUUCAUUACAGUUACCAGCUUCAAAAAUCGGCAAUUAACUGCACCUCAGAUUGUAGCCCAAAUAAAUACUUCACAGAGUUUAAGUAACAGACAUCUCAACAUCAACUGUUCAGAGGAGACUGCGUGAAUCAGGCAUUCAUGGUCAAACUGCUGCAAAGAAACCACUACAAAAGGACACCAGCUUGGGCCAAGAAACACAAGCAAUGAACAUUAGACCUUGGACAUCUGUCCUUUGGUCUGAUGAGUCCAAAUUUGACAUUUUUGGCUCCAACUGCCGUGUCUUUGUGAGACGCAGAGUAGGUGAACAGAUGAUCUCUGCAUGUGUGGUUCCCACCGUGAAGCAUGGGGGAGGAAGUGUGAUGGUGUGGGGGUGCUUUGCUGUUGACACUGUGAUUUAUUUAGAAUUCAAGGCACACUUAACUAGCAUGGCUACGACAGCAUUCUUCAGCGAUAUGCCAUCCCAUCUGGUUUCCGCUUAGUGGGACUAUCAUUUGUUUUUCAACAGGACAAUGAAUCAACACACCUUCAGGCUGUGUAAGGCCUAUUUGACUAAGAAGGAGAGUGAUGGAGUGCUGCAUCAGAUGACCUGGCCUCCACAAUCACCCGACCUCAAACUAAUUGAGAUGGUUUGGGAUUUGUUGGACCACAGAGUGAAGAAAAGCAGCCAACAAGAGUUCAGCAUAUGUGGGAACUCCUUCAAGACUGUUGGAAAAGUAUUCCAGGUGACUAACUCAUGAAGCUGGUUGAGAGAAUGCCAAGGAGAAUGCCAAGAUUGUGUAAAGCUGUCAUCAAGGCAAAGGGUGGCAACUUUGAAAAAUAUAACAUAUUUUGAUUUGCUUAACACUUAUUUUUGGUUACUGCAUGAUUUCAUGUGUUAUUUCAUAGUUUUGAUGUCUUCACUAUUAUUCUACAAUGUAUAGAAUAGUACAAAUAAAGAAAAACCCUUGAAUGACUAGGUGUGUCCCCAAACUUUGACAGAUUUAUUUAUAUAUAUAUAUAUGUAUGUAUGUAUGUCUGUUUUAUUUUCUUAUAACACUGCCACCCCUUCCCUUUUUCGGAUUAAACUAAUGGGCAACAACACUUAGGCUUCUACUUCCAGCUUAUACAUACUGUACAUUUUAUGGGCACAGUACAUUUUACUUUAGUUAUCUUGUUUUUUGUUAUUUUUUGGUACCACCCUUCAGCUCCUCUCAACCCCUCCCAUCCAUCUCUGAACACCAUUCAGUUUUGAUGUGAUGUUUCACAAAAGUUUGGAACCUUUCUAUUGUCAUAUUUUCUACAGAUUGUAAAUUAAAUAUAAACAAUUUUUCUAAGAGUA